UCAAUUCGCUGUCGAAAUGAGGUUCACUGGUUGGUUUCGUUUCUCUGUUUCCAUUACAUUCCAUUUGAUGACAUUUUGUCAUGCAGAGACGCUGAAUAUAGUUGAAAAGUUGGAUGCUAUUUAUGAGCAGUCAGAAAAUGUACUUUCCAGUUUAAAGGAGGCACUUUUGCAAUCCCAAACUAAUGACAGCUCACAUACAAACCCAAAGGAGGUAUUUCCCACUUCCUGUCUAAAUUCAGGAGUCUAUGAAAAUGGUUUGUAUACCCUGGAAGUCCCGGGCUUGAGUCCAUUUCAAGUGUACUGUGAAAAUAAACUAGCUGGUCCCGGAUGGAUUGUGAUCCAGAGAAGAUUCAGUGGAAACCUUAGUUUCUUUCGUAAUUGGAAGGAGUACAAGAGUGGAUUUGGAGAUCUAAUGGAUGAGUAUUUUCUUGGUCUCGAAAAGAUUCGUGCCUUGACUGCUUUGGAGCCCCACGAAUUGUAUAUCCAUCUGGAGGACUUUGAUGACACAAUAAAACACGCAAAGUUCGAUGAGUUUGCGAUUGGAAACGAAGAGGAUGACUACGCUAUGAAUGCACUGGGAAAGUAUUCCGGUACUGCAGGUGAUUCCCUUCGAUCGCAUCGCAAAAUGAAGUUUUCCACCUACGACAGGGACAACGAUCGUGAGUUUAAUAGGAACUGUGCGUUCUACUAUCUCGGGGGAUGGUGGUACAAUGCCUGUCUGGAUAGCAACCUUAAUGGCCAGUAUAUGCCCGGUGGCAAAUACGAGGAGAAAUUGUUUGCCAGGGGCAUGUGCUGGCGUUCUUGGCGUGGCCACAACUAUGGAUACAGAAUCACCCAAAUGUUGAUACGACCCAAGUGCCGAAAUGUACCCGUGAUUCACCAUUGACUGACUCUUGACAAGGCGUUUCCACAA